CCGCCGGCCGGCUCCCCUCCCCCGGCCGCUGGCUCGCUCGCUCGCAGCGCUGCAGAGGCUCCGAGGCGGCGGCGGCGACGGCUCCGUCUUCCCCUCCCUCCUCCUCUUCCUCUUCUUCCUCCUCCUCCUCCUCAGUCAGUCAGUCCGUCCGUGCGUCCGUGCGCUUGGCCUCCGUCCGGCCCGCAGCAUGGCCGGCGUCAGCUUCAGCGGCCACCGCCUGGAGCUGCUGGCGGCGUACGAGGAGGUGAUUCGGGAGGAGAGCGCGGCCGACUGGGCUCUGUACACAUAUGAGGAUGGCUCAGAUGACCUCAAGCUGGCGGCCUCCGGAGAAGGGGGCUUGCAGGAGCUCUCAGGCCACUUCGAGAACCAGAAGGUGAUGUACGGCUUCUGCAGCGUCAAGGACUCGCAGGCGGCUCUGCCAAAAUACGUGCUCAUCAACUGGGUCGGCGAAGAUGUGCCCGAUGCCCGCAAGUGUGCCUGUGCCAGCCACGUGGCUAAGGUGGCUGAAUUCUUCCAGGGCGUGGAUGUCAUUGUGAAUGCCAGCAGCGUGGAGGACAUCGAUGCGGGCGCCAUCGGGCAGCGGCUCUCCAAUGGUCUGGCCCGGCUCUCCAGCCCCGUGCUGCACCGACUGCGGCUGCGGGAGGAUGAGAACGCUGAGCCUGUGGGCACCACCUACCAGAAGACGGACGCCGCGGUGGAAAUGAAACGCAUCAACCGCGAGCAGUUCUGGGAGCAGGCCAAGAAGGAAGAAGAGCUGCGGAAGGAAGAGGAGCGGAAGAAGGCCCUGGAUGAGAGACUCCGAUUUGAGCAAGAGCGGAUGGAGCAGGAGCGACAGGAACAGGAGGAGCGGGAGCGGCGCUACCGUGAGCGGGAGCAGCAGAUCGAGGAGCACAGGCGGAAACAGCAGACGCUCGAAGCUGAAGAGGCCAAGAGGCGGCUGAAGGAGCAGUCCAUCUUUGGUGACCAGCGGGAUGAUGAGGAAGAAACUCAGAUGAAGAAGUCGGAAUCAGAGGUGGAGGAGGCAGCGGCCAUUAUCGCCCAGCGGCCCGACAACCCCCGGGAGUUCUUCAAGCAGCAAGAACGAGUGGCCUCGGCCUCUGCGGGCAGCUGUGAUGUGCCCUCACCCUUCAACCACCGGCCAGGUCGUCCGCACUGCCCUUUCAUAAAGGCAUCGGACAGUGGGCCUUCCUCCUCCUCCUCUUCCUCCUCUUCCCCUCCACGGACUCCCUUUCCCUAUAUCACCUGUCACCGCACCCCAAACCUCUCUUCCUCCCUCCCAUGCAGCCACCUGGACAGCCACCGGCGGAUGGCGCCCACCCCCAUCCCUGCCCGGAGCCCCUCAGACUCCAGCACGGCCUCCACCCCCGUCACCGAGCGGAUUGAGAAGGCCCUGGAUGAGGUCACGUCCUCGCAGCCGCCACCACUGCCACCGCCACCCCCACCUGCGCAAGAGACCCAGGAGCCCCGCCACAGCGAAGAGACCAGCAAGGAAGCCCGGGCAGCGGCAGCAGCAGCUCCUCAGGCCUGGGCCAGCCCCAUAGAGGAGCCCCCUCAGGCCCAGGAGCCUCCCCAGGGGCAAGGCGGGCCCAUGGAGGACUUGGUGUUGAUGACGUCUCCAGAGCCGGCCGAUGCGCCGGCCCUCGGGGAACCUGCCACCGCAGAGACCACGGAGGCCGAUGCUUCGGUAGCUGACGCCCACGUGGCUGAUGCCGAUGAAACCGACACUGCCGCUGCUGACACCGCUGUUGCCAACAACGUGGCCCUCACCACUGCCAGCUUUGUUGACCUAUGGCCUGGCAAUGGGGAAGGGGCCUCAGCACCCCAGGCCGAGCCCAGGGCCCCCACCCCACCCUCAGGCGCUGAGGCCCCUUUGGCAGAGGUACCCCAGCUGAAUGAGGUGGCUCAGGAGCCACUGGCCCCUGCGGGUGAAGGCUGUGCCAACCUCCUCAGUUUCGAUGAGCUGCCUGAGCCGCCAGCCACCUUCUGUGACCCAGAGGAGGAAGCAGAAGGGGAGCCCCUGGCUGCGCCCCAAGCCCCAGCUCCGCCCUCGGCUCCAGAGGGGCCAGAGCAGGAGCAGGAGCUGGAGCAGGAGCAGGAGCUGGGACCCGAAACCCAUCUACUGACCAACGGGGAGACCACCCAGAAGGAGGGAACUCAGGCGGGCAUCUCUGUUUCCUUGACAACCACUGAGGGAAUCACUGGUUGCCGGAGAAACGCCGAGCUCGGACCUGAUAGGCCAGCCCUCGUUCUGCUGGGUGGGGCCCAGGGACCUGGUGCUUGUCCCCUGCAGGCCAGCGAGGGGUACUUCAGCCAGUCGCAGGAGGAGGAGUUCGCCCAAUCAGAAGAGCUGUGUGCGAAGGCUCCGCCUCCCGUGUUCUACAACAAGCCCCCAGAAAUCGACAUCACGUGCUGGGAUGCAGACCCGGUCCCGGAAGAGGAGGAGGGCUUCGAGGGCGGCGAUUAGCCUCGGCGCCCGCCCUCAGGCUGCCCUCGCCCAGGAGGCCACUCGCCCGCGCCGGCCUCUGGUCAGACGGCCCGCAGCGCCUGCGUUCACCGCCCCGCCUGGCGCCCACUCGGGAUUCUGGGCCCUCGCCGGGGACUUGGCCGCUUCCCCACUCACAGGGCCUGACUUUUACAGCUUUUCUCUCUCUCUUUUUUUUAAAGUUGAUAGGACACUUGUACAGUUGACUGGUUUUCCUCCGGUUGGUAGUUGAGACGCUGUUGCAAAUCCCACCCCCUCCCCGCCCGGUCCAGUUUGUAGCUCUUAGCCCUCCCUGCUCAGCUGGCCCGGGUGGGGCCUGGCGUGGUGGGGGGAGCUGUGGAGGGAAAAUGUGCCCCCACCUCUUUUCCUAGUUUUAUGUUUCUUGGAAAAAUAUCACUUUGUAUUCUCUG